GCUAACUACUAAUAACGUUUCUAUUAACAGGCAUGGUGUUCUAAGAAAACCUACAUUUCCUUGACAAAUUAGCUCGCAUUAACUAUGACUUGCUGCCCAUAAUCAUGUCAGUUUGACAGCUGAAACCACUAUACCAUCAGACACGCCCUCGACAGCUGGUAAUUAAACCUCGUAUAAAAGGCAAAGCCUACUGAACUUGUAACAGAUAGCUGGCAGACAAGAUGGCGGACUCAAGAUGGCGGGUGUUGUGCUUCGUCUGCGCGGCGUUGUUGUCAAGUGAGGUGCUGGCGUCCAAAGUGCUGAUGACCAAGAUGACUACCGGCUUCACUGAAGUCGUAGACCAGUGCAGAAAAGAAUUAAACUUGGGCGAGAGUGUUCUGCAAGACAUGUACUACUUCUGGCGCGAGGAGUACCAGCUGCUGGACAGGAACUUCGGCUGCCUGGUGCUGUGCAUGUCGGAGAAGCUGGAUCUGGUGGGCGAUGACAAACGCCUGCACCACGGACGCACCGCUGAGUUCGCCAAGACGCACGGAGCUAGUGACGACAUAGCACAGAAGCUGGUGACGAUGCUGCACGAGUGUGAGAAGGUGUACCACGAGACCGAGGACCAGUGCGUCAGGGUGCUCGACGUCUCCAAGUGCUUCAAGACCAAGAUCCACGAGCUCAACUGGGCGCCCAACAUGGAGAACUUGAUGGAAGAGGUCAUGACCGCCGCCUAGGGCGAGCUGACCGAAUCGAUGACCUGGGAGGACCACCUCUUAGGGCAACAAAACUUGUAUUAUUGCUAUUGCAGAAGAGAGAUGCCGCUCUACCCCUUGCAGAGUGCUGUCUUUCUUCCGCAAUUACAAUUAUAGAACUCGGGUCUCAACCUCCCAGAUCAAGACCAAGAUGCAUGAAAUCGGACUGAUUGAUAAUAUAAAUAAGGUAGGGGAUAUAGCUGAGAAAUAAAUGAAAAAAAAAGACUGCAAAACUAGAUGACAGGGCAAGAAACAGAUUUUCCUGGUUUUGGGUUGUAAAGGGUGAAUAGUAAAUUAGUAAUGUAGACUUACUGAAGUCUAGUGGGUAUCCAGUGUCUACGUGGUGGCAGCUCUAAUAUGUUUUGUUUGCAUGCAAUUUAAGUCAAUAGUAAAACUUUUGACUGUUAAUAUUGUUUUAUUUAUCACAAUUAUACACUCAUCUACUUUAGACCAAUGCUAAAGCUUCAUCGAAUUUCAUCCAACAUUCCGUGUUUGAUGUACAAAAACGAUCUGUUUUGCAGUUUUUUCGUAAGUUUUCAAAUGCGAGAAUUCUUAUCGUAUGUUUGUGCAAUACAGAGACAUAGUUACGCCUGUUAUAAUUGGUAUGGUGCGAUAUACAAAGAGACUGACAAAACACGAAAAGGCGGACGAUUCUUUAAGUAUAGGCUCUGAAAAGCCACUAUGAUUGAGUACCCGCUUAUCCGCAC